ACCCCUCCUGCUCUGAGGACAGGACUAUGCCUGUACAGAGGAGGCUCCUGGGCUCUCUCAACUCCACCCCUACGGCCACCCCUCAGCUCCGGCUGGCCACCAACCAGACGGGCCCCCAGUGCCUGCUGGUGUCCAUUCCUGACGGGCUCUUCCUUGGCCUGGGGCUGGUGAGCUUGGUGGAGAACAUGCUGGUGGUGGUGGCCAUCGCCAAGAACCGCAACCUGCACUCUCCCAUGUACUGCUUCAUCUGCUGCCUGGCCCUGUCUGACCUGCUGGUGAGCACCAGCAAUGUGCUGGAGACUGCCAUCUUCCUGCUGCUGGAGGUGGGCGCCCUGGCAACGCCAGCCGCUGUGGUGCAGCAGCUGGACAAUGUCAUGGACGUGCUCACCUGUGGCUCCAUGGUGUCCAGCCUCUGCUUUCUGGGUGCCAUUGCUGUGGACCGCUACAUCUCCAUCUUCUACGCACUACGCUAUCACAGCAUUGUGACGCUGCCCCGCGCACGGGGGGCCAUUGUGGCAAUCUGGGCGGCCAGCAUCCUCUCCAGCAUCCUCUUCAUCACCUACUACAACCACGCAGCUGUCCUGCUUUGUCUCGUCACCUUCUUUCUGGCCAUGCUGGCACUCAUGGCAGCUCUCUACAUCCACAUGCUUGCCCGGGCAUGCCAGCAUGCCCAGGGCAUCGCCCAGCUCCACAAGAUGCAGCGACCAGUGCACCAGGGCUUCCGCCUGAAGGGCGCUGUGACCCUCACUACCCUCCUGGGUGUUUUCUUCCUGUGCUGGGGCCCCUUUUUCCUGCACCUCACCCUCAUCGUUCUCUGCCCCCAGCACCCUGCCUGCAGCUGUGUCUUCAAGAACUUCAACCUGUUCCUGGCCCUCAUUAUAUGCAACUCCAUUGUGGACCCUCUCAUCUAUGCCUUCCGCAGCCGGGAGCUCCGCCUGACACUCAAGGAGGUGCUGCUGUGCUCCUGGGAGUUCUGCUUCUGCCUGUGACUAGGCCAUGCCCACCAUCACUUGGUUUUUACUGCCAGCUCUUGGGGCUUGUGCCCUCAGCAGCUGGGACACGAAGAUCAAUAGGAGCCAUGGAAAAGGGACCCUGCUCCUGUUCAGAGCCUCAGGAGAAAGGACUUUGUGACCAGAAAGAUCCAGCCACAGCUGUGCGGCAGGCUGCUUUCAGAAGUGAGCUAGGGCACUGGAUUUGCAGAAUGGGCCUAUUGCACAGGGGUGUCCACCAGAGUGGGGCUGAGCAUCCAUUCAAGUUUGCAGGCUCAGUGGAAACCUGAGAGUUGGGAAUCCAGCACCACACUCACCCAAGGCAUGGGGAUCCAGCAAAGGCACGCUCUGGCUGUAGGAGAGGCUGCCUGUCUGAAUCAGUGGCCAGUGCCUGGGAGUGCAGGGCCAGGAAACAAUUGGUAAUAAUGCUGUGCCCAGGUGCAGCCUCACCACCAUCUCCUGAAUUCUUCCAGAAGCUGUUUGAAAUCUGGGUGGAGGGAAGGCAGGGACAGUAGUUAUGAUGGGGAGAAACGAAUCCCAGAAAUCAUGACUGUCUACCCAGGGGAGGAGACCACAGUUCCAGAGGCCUCCAGUGUUAAUGGGAAGAGUGUAUUGACUUCAGGCUUCAGCUCCUUCUUGGCCAUCUGUCUCUCUGUGGCUACAAACUGCAAUACAGAGCCAAGGACACAUGUUCAGCAGCCCCUUCCCCCAGUCACCUCCAUGGUGACAAGACUCAUACUGCCCAGAAUGCCUCUGGCCCAAUUCUACACUGGCAGAAGCAGCACCACCCAGUCCCAGCCCCUGAGGUGCAGACGCUUGACCCCAGCCAGAGCAUGCCCCUUUCCUGGCUUCAUCCCUGCAACCCCACAGCUAUGGCACACAGUGAAUGGGACCAUCCUCAUCUACUAUGAGAUGCCCAGAGGGGCCUGUGGCCUGGGGUGGAACAGGGAUUGGAGUCUGUUCUCUGCUAGUCACUGUCCCCCUGGGAGCUGGGUCAGUGCUCUGCCAGCCUGGGGAAAUUUUUAGACAAGGCCUCUGAGAAUGGGGUGAGGUUGUCUGGGGACUCAGGAUGUCCAAAACCGAGUCCAGGGCAGUGGGCAUCUUGGGGUUAACUAUACAGCUUGGUUUUAGAGAGUUGUGGACCCCUGUGCCCCUCUUCUGAAGCAACCUGGGCUUCUCACUAAGCCCACCUAAUUUUCCUGCACAGACACUGGACAUCAGCAGACCUCCUCCCUGGGGUAAGCUUGGUGGGAGCUAUUAUGUCCUGUUACCUUCUCCCAGACAGGUCUAGUAAGCAGCCCCCACCUUGCUGUCAGCUACAGCCCAGACUACUGGUUCCCGGCAAGGCCAGUCUCUGCUGGGAGACAGAACAGUGAGUCAGCCUUCAGCCUAGCACCAGAGCCCUCUGGGGACAGAGGGGGAGCUGGCUUGGUCUGAUGCCAUCCUGGCAGAGAGGGAGUCCAGGCCUAUGGAUGGUUCCAAGCUUCUUCCCUUGCACAGACCAGGAGGCACAGCCAAAUACUCACCCAGGACUCCUUGAAUGGGGACAGCUGGAAACCAACCACGGAAAGCCACAUCACGGACAAACUGUGGGGGAGGGGCAUCUCUUGAGAACAAAAGACCCAUUUCUAUGCUUGCCAAACCAGGGAGCUUCUCCCGAGAGAGAGGAGAGAGACGCAACUACAACACACAGCACUCCUGCACAGAAUAGAGGGCACAGGCGCCUGCAGCUUGUUCUCAGCUGCUGGCUUUGAAGUGAAUGAUGCUUGAGGGUCUACACACUGUGGUGCUGCCUGAGACCCUUCUUAAGGGAUUUCUGUCAUCAGAAUUCCAUGAGGACCUCAUUAUAAGGUGUCAUUGGAAUAUCUAACCCUAGAUGAAUAUUAAACCAAUGCAGUAUGUAUGAAUAGAAUGAUGCA